CCGGGCUGCCAGGCAUUCCUAGGCUGGGCUGUGACUCCCGCCGGCCUGGGGCGGACGAGCUCCCGUCUGGCCGGCGAUGCCCCGGGAGAUCAUCACCCUGCAGCUGGGCCAGUGCGGCAACCAGAUUGGGUUCGAGUUCUGGAAACAGCUGUGUGCUGAGCAUGGCAUCAGCCCCGAGGGCAUCGUGGAGGAGUUCGCCACUGAAGGCACUGAUCGCAAGGACGUCUUUUUCUACCAGGCAGAUGAUGAGCAUUACAUCCCCCGGGCUGUGCUGCUGGACCUGGAGCCCCGGGUGAUCCACGCCAUCCUCAACUCCUCCUAUGCCAAGCUCUACAACCCAGAGAACAUCUACCUGUCUGAGCACGGAGGAGGAGCUGGCAACAACUGGGGCAGGGGUUUCUCACAGAUCAACCAAUGCUUCAUCACCAUCCUCAACAUCAUCCAUGGAGAGGUGGACCCUACCCAGGUCCACAAGGGCCUGCAGAGGAUCCGGGAAAGGAAGUUGGCCAACCUGAUCCCCUGGGGCCCAGCCAGCAUCCAGGUGGCCCUGUCAAGGAAGUCCCCCUUCCUGCCAUCAGCCCACCGGGUCAGCGGGCUCAUGAUGGCCAACCACACCAGUAUCUCCUCGCUCUUUGAACGGACCUGCCGCCAGUUUGACAAGCUGCGGAAAAGGGAGGCCUUCAUGGAGCAGUUCCGCAAGGAGGACAUCUUCAAGGACAAUUUCGACGAGAUGGACACAUCUAGGGAGAUUGUGCAGCAGCUGAUUGACGAGUACCAUGCGGCCACGCGGCCAGACUACAUCUCCUGGGGCACCCAGGAGCAGUGAGUCCCCAGGACAGGGACCCUCAUCUGCCUUACCGGUUGGCCCAGGCUCUGCCUAGCUGACCACGCCUCAGAGCACAGAUCAGGGACCUCACAAAUACUCAUAUACACACAUAUGUACAUGCACUGUCUGUUGGCCUGGGGAUGGCUUACUUCUUCUCUGAGAGUAUUUAUCUUUAAUAAAGCACUGGAUGGAAAUCAAGUCACCAGUCUCUGAACUCGGGCUUUGGAGCUGGGGACAGACGUGCCUGUCUGUCCUUCAUCUCUGAUGCUUUUCUCCCGCACUUCACACUUGCGACAGCUCUAACUCCGGGCAGAAGCCGCCUCUGGCUUUGCCUUUAGCCUAAUUGUGGAGGACACUGAUAGCUCUGGACCCUGCUCGAUUCCUUCCCUCAGUGAAAGGACGCACAGAUAGGAUCUUUUUUUCUGUCGGCCUCUGGCCACUGUUCCCUCUCCCUGUAGCAGGUGACCAUUCCUGUACUUCCGUAUUUCCACACUGACUGUCCUGCUGGUGACAACAGCAUGCCUGGGGCCACCACUGUCUACCCCUAGGUCCUAACCAGGCAGCCAGCCCAAGUGCCUUUCCCCUUCUGGCCAGCAGGGCAGUGCUGGAGAGCUUGUCCCAGAGAGCCCAGACUAGAGUGUAGGGAACAGCAGGAGACCAUGGCCAAGGCCUGGACUAAGCAGACCCAAAAGUGGUUCCAAAAUUAA